UCAGCUGUCAGGAGAUAGUGAUGGCAUGGUGGUGUGGCUCACAUUGGUGCAUGGCUAAUAGACUGAUGCACUGCAGUUGGUGUGACUCUGGGAUACCCAGACAGUGUCCAGUCUCAUUACAAAAGUGAAAUUAUUUGUCUGUACACAGGAAUGGAGGAGCUACUGAGGCUGGGAGUGCUGGGGGAUGAAGACUUUGCCAGACUGCUGAGGUGCAUAGUGGACACCAAGACACCAGCAUGUGACGUGUGUGAGGUGGUGAGAUCUGCAGUAGAGGCGAGGGAACGCACCUCCUCACCGGCUGCCACCAACCCACUCCUCAGCAGACUCUAUUGGGAUAUCCUCAACCAGUGGCUUGUGCCUCCACUGCUGGAAAUCAUCCUCACAUAUUCCACAGAACCAUCCAGGGCCUCCUCAACAUCUCCUGGCAUUGACAUUUCUCGAAAGACCAGUGGUGGGAAAAAUGAGUGUUUAGCAUUAGGUCGCAUCACCUCAGAGGGUGAUGGGAAGACUCAGGAAUGCUGCAGUGAGCUGCCACAAGAGUCUGCUGCACAAAUUAAGUAUGAGGAAACGAAUCUCGUAACCAAGUUGUGUGAUCUGGCUGCUGUAAUCUCAAAAGCUGUGUGCGGUGUCCCAGCAGCUUCCUGCCACGUGCCUGAGUUUGAUGACUCACUGAGGCAUGGUAAUUUGGAGGUUCAAGAGAUGUUUGAACCCCUCAGAAGGAUAUUUAAAGCUAUUGCUGCAGCCUUCCGUGUGGAGCUUCAAGAUGCACUGAGUGAGGAGAAAAGGCACAGGGUCAAACUUCUUUCACUUGCCUUUUCCACUUUGUUGUGGGAUGGGUGUUGUGUGGAGGUGAAUGGAUUCCAGUGUGCAGCCAGACAAGUGGUGGAGACAGUGCUGUCUACUGUGGAGGUGUGGCAUGACCCAGACGUUACAGCCUCCCUCUUUACUCUUGUCAUUGUGCCCUUUGUUGAAGCCAGCACUGGUGAUGGGAGUGAGGUCCUUCAGAAGGUGUGGGGCCUUCUGUACAGCUUGUAUGGUGUGGGUGAGGAUGGGGUGGUGGUGGAGAGGAGCAGCGUGGGGCUUGUGGUGUUGUGCUUCCUGAGUGACCUCAUGUCUGAUGGAGAGAUCUUUAAGUGGAUCAACAUGGAUGAAAAGUUUUGGGCCAUUGUUCAGUAUAGUCUUACUCACAGUGAUCCUUUCUCACGGAAGAGGGGCCGUCAUGUUCUCAGGAAGUGUGUGGAUCAGUAUUCCUCAUGGAAGUGUUCAUCACAAUAUUUGCCUCAGCUGGAGGGGCAAAGAGAGUUGAUUAUGCAACUGUGGAAUGAUUUCUUUCUUCUUCUGGAAACUCUUGAAGAAAAACAGAUUCAUGUAGUUAAACCUGUGUUAGAGAAGCUUGAUGCACUGAUAAGUAGUUGCAAAAAGGAGGUAAUGCAUCCUUCGUGGGCUGUGGUUGUGCUGCGGAGGCUCCUUGAUCAAGAAGGCAGGACCAUCAGGGUGUGGGGAGCAGGCAAGGUGCUGGGGCUGAGACUGCCUCAUCAAAUGCUGGAGCAAGGCAUUCUCACCUUCAUCACUUACCACCUGCUGCCAGCUCUCGCUGACUACUCGCUCUACAGCCGAGAACCAGACCAGCAGAGAGGUGAGUCCUCCAGGAUUGGGAGUCAGAUUCCACCUUUCCUGAGCAGCGUGGUGGGUGUUUUGGAUGAUGUUCACCGGCACAAAUUCAUGGCACUCCUGUUAGAGAAACUAUUUGAUGGACAGCCAUGGGGGGGCAUCCCGCUGUUUUACUUAGUCCGCAGUCUGGCCCUGCUGCCUCCUGUCCCAGCCUGGACCUUCUUGCAGACCAAAAAAGCUGCUGUCAAUCUCGAGGCUUGCCUUAGUACCCAGGAGAUAGGGCUGCGCUCAGCUAGUCAGUGUGACUUUUUGAGAGCACUACUGAAACACUCAUGCCCCAACAUCACCUUCCUGGAGCUAUGCCAUCUUAUAGGUCACUUGAGACGGCAGGAAAGCUGGCGACGAGGCACGACCACCUGGCAGGCCAUCUUGGAGGGUGUGAAGGACCACCCAGAGAGUCGACAGCACAGAAUGUGUACCCUUCAGCAGGCCAUUGCUGGGCAGCUCACCCCUGACUCCUGUCAUGGUGUACUGCCUCAUGAUGUUGCCCUGGGACUGUGUCUGGCUGUGGAGGAGGAUGGUGAUAGUGUUGGGGAGGUCUUUGUCCCCCUCACUCUGUUCCUGGAAGACUGUCACCUCCGUCCUUACCUGGACCCCCUUGGCAGGGUGUGGGUGGUGCAGCUGCUAACCCACAUGCUGCAAAUUCUGUGUGACAGUGUCCCUGGAACCCCGCGCUGCCGAGAGCAACCUCUGGCUCUCUUGAGUGAUGGGCUGGACUGUCUGUUGCAGCUGUUUGUGUCUCAGUUGAGCAGUUACAGCCAGCCAGGUCACCUUGAGGAUCUGCAGCUGUACCUGGAGCUGAUGAAGCACUGCACUGGUCUGGGGUGGUCACGAGCAGUGGCGUGGAGGCACUACCCAGAGUUAGUGGAAGGAUGCCAUGGCCUUCUGGAGCAGCAGCAGCCGGUGCCAGCCUCCCUUGGAGUAGUGGUGCUGGAGCAUCUGCUGGAACACUACUUCCCUGCUGCCCCACCACACUGCCAGGAUGAGGCUGCCCUGCUGCUCACACUGCACCCCGGGGCACUCACCCAGACCAGGUUGCUCCCAGGCCAUGAGCCGUCCCUGGCUACCUCAAGACUAUUGCUGGUGACUCCAUGCAGCUGCUGGCACUGUGUGGAGUUACUACUGAUGGCCAAGGAAAAGUGGUGGCUGGGUAAAGAUGCUGAGAAGGUGGAGGCCGCAGUGCUGGAGGUGCUGCCUGAGUGUGUGGCCAGUGCCGGCCGGCCCACCAUUGCCCACGUCUUCCAGGUGGCUGCUGCUCUGGCACCAACACUUGUGAAGGCCGGCAUGUGGGAGGAGGUGGUGGAGGCCAUGUGGGCUGCCACCUUUGAGUUUCGCAAAGGCUGUGAUCUCUACAGAGGUUUGAUUGGCUGCCUGACUGACUUACUCUUCCACAGAGAUGCCCUGGCCUGCUCUGACUGCCAUGCCUGCAUCAUAAAGGUGUCACAGGAGCUGCUGAAGGCUGGUGAGGGUGUGCAGGGGAUGGCUUCCCACAUGGCCCUCAGUCUGUCAUCUUCCCUAGUGAAGGCAGGGAUUGGUGAGCCUGGGUGGUUUCAAUUACUGGCCAAGGAGGUGUUGGUGCCGUUGGUGAUGUUUGGUGCCGUGUUCCGCAAGCAGCACCGAGUCGUGCGUGACACACUGCUGUUUGUGGGGAGCUGUGGGGACCGCUACACCUGCACCACACACAGUGACCCCAAUUCAGAUUGCUGGGCGCGAGCCAUUGUCCUGCGCUUCCUGCUGACUCUGAGGCUGGAGCGAGCAGAGGACAAGGUGGCAGCAGCAGCAGUUGUUGAGGGCAUCAAGUACCAGUACGCCCGGGCCUCAGGCCACCAGCGAGACUUUCCCAACUCUCAAAACCAUCGCUACAAGACCCGGCUGCUGCAAGCCUUUCUGUUGCUGGUGCCUCUUCUGAACCAGGAUGAGUGUGGUGCCUGCUUGGCCUGGGUGUGUGAGGGGCUGACCUGUGACCACCAGCAGCCCAGCAUCAGGUAUCUGCAGGAGUGGGGGGCUGCCCUCCUCCCAAUCCUUCACCCCACUCUCUACCCUGCCCUCCUGCACCACCACCUCAAGGGUGUGGAAGUGAGGGUGGGAUGUGUGGGGUCCUUCCUGGCAGCCCUCACCCACAUAGCCUGCACCUCCUUGGACCCCAGAGUGAUGUCAACAGCUCUCACACACACCCUUGCUUGGUGCACUGCUCAGCACUUCAACACCAGAUUGUAUGCUCAGGUGUCGCUGAGGAAGAUCUGGCAGCACUGUGAGGAGCAGCAGAUGGAGGGUGUGCUGCAGGAGUUCCGUGCUGUGCCACUGUGUCUUGUGCAGCGAGGGAAUGCCGGUCGCAACACCAUGAACAUGCUCAAUGAUUUCUACUUUAAGGUGUUCCAUCCUGUGCAACACUACACUCUGCAGACCAUCUUCCAUGACCUGCCCCGACUGUCCCUGCUGGCAGAUGACGAAUGGAUGAGUGUGGAGUUCCUAAUGAGUGUGGCUAGGGAGGAACAGCUUCCCCUUCACACCUCCCUGCCUCUCCACAACACAGACUCAGCCCUCACCUGUGUCAUGCCUGCUCCCUGGGUUGUCAAGGCUGCUGGAGAGGAGCAGAUGGCAGAGGAGGAGGUGACCUGUCAAGUCAGAAAUGUGCAGAAGAAGAUCGUCCCCCAGAAGACCUUGGUGCCAGAAGUGAUGCCUCGCUCACAACAGGCCGGGUGGGAGAGCAGGCAUGGGGGACUGGUUGUGGUGGCAUCACUGGUGGACAAAGCUGCCAACCUUGGGGGAUUGUGCCGCACCUGUGAGGCAUUUGGGGUGAGGGAGCUGGUGGUGGCAUCCCGUGCUGUGCUGCAAGACCACACCUUCACUUCUCUUGCUCUCACUGCGCACCGUUGGCUCCCCAUCACAGAGGUGAGGAGAGAGGACUUGUUGCCAUAUCUCAAGACUAAGCAGGGUGAAGGUUACACUCUGGUUGGUGCAGAACAGACGGCCCAGAGCAUCAGCCUGGAGGAGUUUACGUUCCCAGAGCUCACAGUGGUAGUGCUUGGGAAUGAGAGGGCUGGAGUGCCGUGUGAAGUGCUCCAGGUCCUGCAGGCUAGCGUGCAGAUCCCUCAGAAUGGCAUCGUGCGCUCCCUCAAUGUGCACGUCUCUGGGGCACUCUUUGUGUGGGAGUACACCCGACAGCUCCUCACCAACUCCUCUGGAAGAAGUGGUGGUGAUUGUGCAAGGAGAAAGUAGUGUGUUGGAUUCUGUGGUUAGUAAUAAUUAUAACUGUAGGAAAAGACAAGAAAUGCUGAAGAUGAAAUAUUGUCUCAUUGAAUAGAUGGGUGAGCUAGUGGUGUCAGCAGAUCAGCUACACAGCAGCUUACAGUCUGCUUCUGUGGGCAAGGAAGUGAGGAAUAAGGAGAGGAAGAAAAAGAAGCUCGGAAGCAGUGUGCAGGCCAAACCAGGAGUGGAACAGAGGCCACACUAGGAGAGGGAGACUUAUUCACUUCCUUCUAAGAAAUGUUUCAUACCAAGAGGGUAAGUUGGGAGAGGAAACCCUUUUUUUGCAAGCAAGUUCACCAUGCCAGGAAAAGAAAGGGAAAAAACUAAGAACGGUUCCUUGCCAAGGUGUCAAGUGUGUGGAGAUCUUGCCCUUGUUUUCAUGGGAGCUGCUUGUCCUCUGUGGGGUACCUCACAGGUUUGUGCUGUGCGGGGCCUGGCAAAGAAGCUGUUGGCUGUUAGGUGUUUCUCUGUCUCCAUCACAGUAAUUUUGUGUAUAUGUACUCUUAUAUGAUAGGGAUUUAUAAAGCAAUUAAUAAUUUUCACGUCAUCAUUCACAUUAUAUUGAUGAUGGGCACAAAGUGUACUUUUGUGAAAUUCCUUGUGUGGCCAUUCUGGAGACUUUUUGUCAUUUUUGUCCAUUUAUAUGAAAUAUAAAUUAUAUUCACAG